AGUCAUCACACAUGACCGCUACAAGCCUUGUUAAACACCGUGACGCAUGAUCCAGGGCACAUGUUCAUUGAUGUACAUGGUGAGUGAACUGGUGGUGCGUAUAUGUUGCAGUAGGCAUUGCCAAGACGCGGAGUUCUGCGCACCUCCGCGAUUUUCUGGACACCACCGUCAAACUCCACAUCGCCGCGUAGGUGCUGUCGACCAUCUCCCGCCUCACAUCUCGCUCCGAAAGCCGGCACGUGGUCCACAUCUCCCAUUGAUUGCUCGCGCAGUCAACACAGCCCAUCAUGGACGCAGUACCGAUCUCAAAGAAGCUGAUCGCCUUCGGCAGCAAGAAGAUCUUCCUGCCCAAGUUCACAGUCGCAAUGGUGCGCACACACGGUCUCUCGCCAUACCACGCGCGCUUCUUCGUCCCGCUGGACUUCUCAAAGUACGACCUGCGCGACUACCUUUACCACGCCUACAAUGUCCGAUGCUUCAACAUCCGGUCCUACGUCAAGCAAAUGCCCGUUCGCGACGCACCAGAUCAGCCGCGCCACUGGUUUCGCCCUGAAUCGAAGAAGUACAUGACAGUAGAGAUGGAGCAGCCCUUUGUAUGGCCUGCGCUGCCGGAGGACACAAAACCUUGGGGCGUGGGAACCGCGAAGGCAGAGACGGAGGCGGCAGCCCGGUCUAACGGGAUUGUCACGAUGGAGCAGAAGAGGGAGUCAGCCAGGUUGUUGCGGGAGAAGGUCAAGAAGCUUCUGACGAAGCAGGAGCCAGUGCUAGCGUCUAGUAUUGGGAAGAAGCUAGACCAAAAUAUAGAACUGACGCCUAAAGAGAAGGACACAGUUCAGGCUGCUGUGCAGAGGAAAGCAGAUAACAAGAAGAUGCCUGCAUUAGACUUCUGGGAGCGAAAGAGGUCAAUGAAAGUAGUAGAGGCUGACGACUCGAGCCGUUACACAAUCAAGGUAUGAGUAAGAAGAAAGAGCUGUGUAUAUUUGGCUGUAUCAUAACGCAUGGACUUGGAGUAAUUCAUCCGCAAAUUAUCGAAAGGAAGCU